GUAUUUUAAGUCCUGCUUUGUGAAAUAUUCCUCUUUGAUGAGGAUCACCGCCCGCAGUACGUUGUGCAUAAAUGAGUUCCCUGUAUUCACAAUAAAGAGCAACAUAAAUUUAGAGUCACUCAAAACUUGUCUUUCACAAUCGUGGGAAACUGGCCAGAUGUGUAUUUGUAACUCGGACAGUUUAUCACAGAAUUUGUCACAUUACGGGCUAAGCUGUCUCUCGGCCAUCAUCAGUCGCUGCUCCGCUUGUCCUUAUAAAUUUUGUCGACUACAAUUGGUUUAUUUCUGGCGAUAAAUACUAGAUACAGGUGUGUUGUCGUAGUGAACUGUGGUCUAUCAGCAGCGGGUCCAGCCAGAUCGACGUCUCUCUCACAGCUGUCAAUCUGCAACCUCCCACGUGGUCAGCAGGGCGGGCGCAUCUCAACUAGUUGAGCGUGCAACUUUUAGGGAGGCAAACAAUUGGACCCAUUGGUAGUUGCACUUGCACAUGCAUGUAGGAUACUCCCCAACAGGAAACAACGACCUGUAAGUCAGGAGGCGCCUUUUCUCUUGUUGCCAUCCAGAUCGUUCUCAUCUGUGCCAAGCGUAAACCCGGUGCGCACUGCCUCUGUCUCUGGUUCCAAGACUAAUUUAAGACAGCGCUUUGAACCCCGUGCCCAGUGUACUGGAGCUGGAUGAUGUGAAUGCGUUAGGUGCGCUGCUUAUUUGGUUCAAAGAGGCUGAUUAGAGUUUUGUCGCAGAGCUCCACCACUGAGACAAGUGAUUUCGCUCAUUUUCUUUGGCUCAAAAGAACUUCGAAGCAGGAUUUCAGCAUGGAUACAGCCAACGGCUCUGUCGGGGAAAGUAAACCGGUGUGCCAGUGUAAGCCUAAGUCCGCGAUCCAGCGGUGUCCUCCAGGUUUUCCCAUCGCACUGUGCUUGCUGUUGUCCCUGAGCUCCAUCACUGUGUGUCUUCUGAUGAGCUUGAAGACCUACCAGCUCGAGACCCGAAUGGAGAAAGCGUCCAUCUUCCAACCGCCACACAUGGCUUUUUUUAACGAGGAUGGGACCCUAAUUCCUGAGCUGAGCACCUCAAUAGGGGAGCUCGUGGAAGAGAAAGUGGUGGUGCUGAUGCCGAAAUCGCGAACAACUAGGGAUGUUGGCCCAGAGUGCUCCUGUCCUCCAGGGCCUCCAGGAAAGCGUGGAAGGAUGGGAAGAAGAGGGGAUCCUGGACUUCCUGGCAAGGCUGGACGGGAUGGAUACCCGGGUCCGCUUGGCUUGGAUGGCAAACCAGGUUUACCAGGUCUCAAGGGAAGCCAGGGACCAGCCGGACCCAAGGGAGAGAAGGGUGACCAAGGAGACAUUGGGCCAAGGGGUCCUCCAAACCACACCACAUUUGCAGGUCUGCACAGUAAUCAGAUUCUCACCGUCAAGGGUGACCAAGGCCAGGCCGGACCCGCUGGUCCUCCCGGUCCACCAGGUCCCCCUGGUCCCAGAGGUCCCCCAGGGAACACUGGCAAGGACGGGCCACGUGGUCCUUCUGGAGAGCCAGGUUUUCCAGGUCGUGAUGGCACUGAUGGACAACAAGGAUUGCCUGGGAAGCCGGGAGAAGAUGGUCAGCCGGGCUACUCAGGACCACCAGGGCCUCCAGGGUCAAAGGGUGAGCCAGGUGUUGGAGAAAAAGGAGAGAGCGGCAUGGAUGGACUCCCAGGACUUAAGGGAGACAAAGGGGAAAUUGGAGAUCAAGGACCACAGGGACCUACGGGUUAUACUGGUGAAAAAGGUGCUCCAGGUUCCUCAGACAUCAUUGACUUCAAUGGGAAGCUUCUAGAUGCUUUCCAGGGCCCACCUGGACCACCCGGACCUCCAGGCCCUGCAGGGGAAAAGGGUGAGCUCGGUUUACCUGGGCCAGCAGGAGUUGAUGGGGAGAAGGGACCUAAAGGAGACAUGGGUGAGACAGGACCUUCUGGAGAGAGAGGAGAGAAGGGAGAGAUGGGACUUUCUGGACCUACUGGUAUGGACGGACAUAAGGGGGAGAAAGGCGACUGCAGACUGGAUGACAACCUGGUUCAGAUGAUUUCCCAGCCGGGCCCACCUGGCCCACCAGGCCCACCAGGAGUUCCCGGGUCCCCUGGAUCCACUGGGCUGCAUGGAAUGCCUGGUCCGAAGGGGGAGCCUGGAUUUGGCAUGAAGGGAGAGAAGGGGGACAGUGGCGCUCCUGGACUCAGAGGAUCGGAUGGCCACCAGGGUGCACCUGGGUCUGCAGGGUUAGUGGGUCUUCCAGGUGCCAAGGGAGAAAAAGGCAGACCGGGUGAGCCUGGACUAGAUGGUUUUCCAGGAGUGAUGGGAGAUAAAGGUGACCGAGGCGAAAGAGGAGAGAAGGGUGACAGGGGAGCAGUGGGAAAGAGAGGUCUAAAGGGCCAGAAGGGAGAACAGGGUCCUCCAGGCCUGGAUCAGCCCUGUCCUGUGGGACACGAUGGGCUGCCCAUACCAGGCUGCUGGCACAAGUGAUGACUAACCAGCAGCAUGGAAUCUGUACAUAUUGAUAUGGUAUAUAUUGCAACUGAAUACUACACCAACAACCCACUCCCUUUUUCCUUUUUUUAUAAAAACAUUUUAUAUAAUAUAUUGAGACUUUUUUUUUUUUAACAUGGACAGUAUUAUGAAAAAAUUUAAACUCUAGAGAUCCAGUGUUGUUGCAGCCAUGCUUUUAAAGAGAAGGAACUGAACUGGUAGUGGGACUCUUUGAAGGACAGUCCAGAUGACAGUGUCGGAGUGCCCAGACAGUCUAACUGCCUUACUAACACAGUCUGACUCGCUGCCCGGUUGUGAUCAUAAACGCUGUAUGGGAGUGACGGUGUGUGCACGCGCUCACCCAGUCUCACAGACGGGUGCUUGGACGGAUGGACGGAUCUCUCAGACUGUGGCAGAUGGAGGAGUGUGGGUCACUACUCUCUUCUCCUCUCUCUGUUUUCUGAAAGGAGGAGAUGACGAGGCAGAAGCUCAAACGCAAGCGUCUCUCUCAGCCCUGAAGGAGUGCGGGGGAACUCGGUGGAGAAAGGACACAUAGACAAAGGGGGGGCAGACUGGCCUACAUGAAGCACAGCAAGCCAUGUACCGCCUCAGUGCCAAAGUGAACACUCAUAUCCUCCAGUAUGGAAACUCUCCAGGAGGGGGCGACAGAGAACACUGCAUUUCCAUAUUCACCCGGGAAGAAGAGAGGACACACCUGUGGCUGAUGAUGUUGCACGACAGCUUGAGAAUCAGUUGUUUGGGAGUCACUUAACGUCACUGGCACAUAAGGAAGGAUUUACUGCACAGAUACAUUGAACAUGAUAUGGUGAUCUCUUGUAUGGCUCUUUUGUUAAGGUCUUCACUAAUUAAAUGCAUGAUCAUAACAAGGCACAGCGUUGUUUAGCAUCCCGACAGCUUGUAAGACUGACUUGUGGUCCCUCGUUGAAACCUCAAACGACAGUAGAUUCAUUUUCAUUUGCAGUCUUUAAUAGUCUUUCCAUUUUAACAAACCACUCAGACAAAGUCAGUAAGUCUACCUUUUUAUGGCUUACACUUGAGGCAGUGGUGACCUGUGUGUUGUUUGUUUUAUUCUGUUAUAUUCUUAUAUCGUCGUCCAGUUACAUUUUGCAUUCCUGUGCAUUGCCAUGUUUGUGGAAUUUAUAGAUAAGGAAACUUCAAAGCCAGAUUUGAAGGAACCAUUUAUAGUAUUCAUGAUAAACCAAUGUGUCAGUGUUUCAACUAGAGGGCAGAUCAGCUUACUACAUUGGUUCUGUUUUAAUUGCCUUGACAAAUGAUUGCCAAUCAAUAUUUUCUUAAUUGUUUCCAGUGUAACAUCCACUGCUCAUUAUCUUUUAAUCACAUAUGAACACGUAAUGUUUUAAUCGCUGUUGCCAGUUUCUCUGGAUGACAGUUAAAGUUCUUGCUGCUGACUUAAAUGUGUGUUUGUUUGAUAUUUUUUUGAAUCAUUAUUAGUCAUCUGGACUGAAGGACUAACAUACUAAAGUAUGAAAUUUGAAUCAAAUGUAUUCACAACCAUUUUUUUGGAAAUUAUUCAUUUUUAUUCAGCAAUACAUUUUACCACAAUGGUUUAUAACUCAGUUAUUUUACAUUUCCUGUGUGUACUUUCUUUCAGUUAUCACAAACUGUUUCAUUCUUUGCCAUCACGCAACUUUUAUUAGCGUGUUUUGGUCUUUGUAAUACAUUUUUCUCAGAUGUAAUAAUUUUUUUGGUGCUGAAAUACUUUCAUGUAUCCAUUGAAAGCUCUACUCCUCAUAUACUUGGCAGAUUCACACAUGUGCACAGAUACACAUGGAUCGUUGUUUAAAGAUAUUGUAAGGAAAAAAAGAAUUUGUACUUGGCUAUUUUCAGAUAUUCUGCUACAUGUAUACAGGUCAGAGAUAACAUGGAGUCAUUAUUAUUCUGUUAACAUGAACACAUUCAUAGAAAAUGGUAUUUUACAUUUUCUUAGUGGGCAUCUGUAUAUUCUACAUUAAUAUUAGUUGCACUUUUUGAUACAAUAUUAAUCAUAUUCAGUUGUUAUAUUUUUGUAAGGCAGCAUACAUGUUCAAGUUAUCCACCAGACAAGACAGCUAUCAUUUACAACAUUUUAAUUGUUUGAUGUUUAAUUGGUAAAUUAUAUUUUGUCACCAUCCACAUACAGGCUGCUAAACAUUUCUAAUUCCAUUUCUCUCCCACAACCACCAACACUGCAACUUUUGCAAAUCCAAACAGGGUCAAUAUAAGCGUUAUAUACAAUAUACAAUAUAUGUUUGAGUUUGUUCUUUUUAAGUAUGUUUUUAGACAUGAUCUCCAUUUUAAACACAUGGACAUGAAUGGAUAUGUGAGGUGUGAAAAAGUGACAAUGACAGUUUCCAAAUGGCGUUUUGAGCUAAUCAGUGGUGUAUUUACAUGUGCCGGAUCUUUUUACAUGAUUUAAAUUCUUGCUUCAUCUGCGAUUCCAGUUAGGUAAUUUGUUCAAAUGACAGUGUAGGAGAGCUGCAUUUCACUUACACAUUUAUCUCUUAAUAACUCUUAAUUAAAAAUGUCCACCAGCUGAUCUGUAAACUGCCUAAUGUUAUAGUACAGUAGUCAUGAUGUAGGUCACAUAUCCCUCCACUGGUGGUUCCUGUUUAGGUCUGAAAUUAGAGCAAAGUCGGUGUGUAACGUAACGUCUUAUCAGCUUUAUUUUUGCAAGGGUCAGUUUACAUAUACAGUACUUGCGAAAUGCCAAAGUUGCAUUACUGACUUCACACAAAACAAUUUUCAUAUUAUAAGGAUGAAUUUGAUGUAAAGUCCCACUAAUUUAUUUUAUUUUUUUAUGUUAGCAGGGUCAGCGCAACAAAUAUACCUGUACAGUAUCAUUGAUUUAUGAAGUUAAAGUUAUUCUAGAAAUGUUUUCUGUAAAUGAGAUCCAUAUCAAUAAGCUAAGGUAGAAUAGCAAAAAUACAAAACUUUAUUUGAAAGACAUGAUAAACAAUGUCGAAUGAGAAACGAUAAAGCAGAAUGGUUUAACUCUAAACCACACUGUCCUUGGCAUUUUCACUGCAAGCUGAUGGUUAUCUGUCACUUAACAUUAUUACAUGUGUUUAUUUCUUUUGCAGAUUCUAUCAGUUUCAGUUUUAAGGCUUAAUGGAGUCAGCACACGGCACAGUGUCUGCAUACGGUUUGGUGUUUAAGCAAAUUAUAUAUCGCAGUAUUAGCUUGACUUUGUGAGAAUGUUGUUUUGGUUGUGUAUUUGGUUGUAAAAGAAUUAAGCUAUUUUUGUAAUUACUUGUCUAAAUAUGUAUAACGUGAAAUUUGGUGAACUAAACAUGCAGACUGAAAUAAACUCUCCAGUUUUA